GCUGCCGUGCCCCAGACGGUGGUUUCUGGGGGAACAGAGCCCAUCGCCCCCCAGCAGCAGUCCAGGAUGGAGAACUUCAGGAAGGUCAAGACGUCCGAGGAAGAAAGCCCGCUGCCCUUCGUGGGCCUCCCUUCGGACGUGAUUGAAAUGAAGGUGAAGGAGGGCAGCAAGAUCCGGAACUUGAUGGGCUUCGCCAUGGGUAGGGUAGCGCGGGAGGACACCCGGCAGAUCGUCUUCAGCGGCUGCGGCCGGGCUGUCACCAAGACCAUCACCUGCGUGGAGAUCAUGAAGAGGAAAGUGGCCGGCCUCCACCAGGUCACCAAAGUGCAAUACAGGACUCUCCUGGAGGUCUGGGAGAACAAGGCAACCCGGCCUGAGGGGGCCCCGGCAGAACAUCUCACCGUCCACAAGAACGUGCCCUCCAUCUGCAUCCUGCUCUCCAAGGACCCCCUGGAUCCCAGCCAGAUGGGCUAUCAGCCCCCGGAUCUCCCCGGCGGCCUGUGGGUGGGCGAGGGGGGCAGCCAAGAGGGGGGCAGGUCCAACACCGCCCCGAAGGGAAGGAAGAGGAGGUUGGCGGCGCUGCCCCACGAGGAGGACCCGCGGAACAAGAAGGCUCAGGUACCGGAGAUCCAGGACGACUCGGGGGCCCUGGUGGGUUGUGGACACGGACGGCAUUCCUGCCCUACUUGCCUUGAGCAACUGUGA